CUUGGAGCAUGAUCUGCUCAUGGAUCAACUGCCUGAACCAGAGCUGGAGGUGAUCAGCAGGACAACUGCACAACCCAGUUGCUAAGCCGCACACCAGCAGUUUACUGAAUUGCCCCGUGUAAGAUGAUGUCACAGAGCUGAAUGAUGUCACAGAGCAUGUGAAGCACAUCUCUUGCACGCAGCUCCGGAAUGCACUGCAAUGGCUCCAGCUCUGCAAGCUCCCAGAAUGAUGAACUCUGCUCUCCAGCACUACUCCAGAAGACCAUCCAGAAUACAAACUGCACAUUUGUCCCCCUCCAGGCGCCGUACGGUUUCCCGGAAGUGUUACCAUGGGAACAGCGGGACGUUUGUGCCAAGGGGCUACAAGAUGGAGAAAUACCAGAAAAUCCGGGUGGUCGGCAGAGGGGCAUUUGGGAUUGUGCACUUAUGCCUGCGAAAAGCUGACCAGAAGUUGGUGAUCAUUAAGCAAAUACCUGUGGAGCAGAUGACCAAGGAUGAGCGCCUCGCAGCACAGAAUGAAUGUCAAGUGCUAAAACUAUUAAGUCAUCCAAACAUUAUUGAAUACUAUGAGAAUUUUCUGGAAGACAAGGCCCUUAUGAUCGCCAUGGAGUACGCUCCAGGUGGCACAUUGGCUGAAUACAUCCAGAAACGCUGUAAUUCACUUCUAGAUGAGGAUACCAUAUUGCACUUCUUUGUCCAACUCCUCCUUGCCCUCCAUCAUGUGCACAACAAGCUCAUCCUUCACCGGGACUUGAAAACCCAGAACAUCCUGUUGGACAAACACCAGAUGAUUGUCAAGAUUGGGGACUUUGGUAUUUCAAAAAUUCUCAGUAGUAAGAGCAAGGCCUACACUGUGGUGGGAACCCCGUGUUACAUCUCUCCUGAACUGUGUGAAGGAAAACCCUAUAAUCAGAAAAGUGACAUUUGGGCACUGGGCUGUGUCCUCUACGAGCUCACAACCUUGAAAAGGGCAUUUGAAGCUGCAAAUUUGCCAGCAUUAGUGCUGAAGAUCAUGAGUGGGACAUUUACCCCAAUAUCAGACCGCUACAGUCCUGAACUACGACAUCUCAUACUUGAAAUGCUCAAUCUGGACCCUUCCAAGAGACCACAGUUGAAUGAGAUCAUGGCUCAUCCUAUCUGUAUACCUGCACUACUCAACUUGUACAGUGACAUCGGCAGCAUCAAAAUGAGGGUGGAGAAGCCGCUGGCUGCAAUGCCUUCAGUGUCCCGAGGACGGUCUACUGGGCGAAUCCCUAGUGCCAGAUCCCGUGGUGGCCGUGUGGGGUAUUCUGCAAAGUCAGGCAUUCCUCCCCCUCUGUCCUCUGUGUACACUUGGGGAAGUGGGAUCAUCGCUCCUCUCCGCCUUCCUAUGCUGAAUACAGAGGUGGUCCAGGUUUCAGCUGGUAGAACACAGAAGGCUGGAGUCACCAAGUCUGGGAGACUCAUCAUGUGGGAGGCACCCCCUAUAGGAGCUGGUGCGCCUUCUCUCCCUGGUUCCAUAGACCAUGCUCAGCCUCAGUUCAUCUCCCGUUUCCUGGAGGGUCAGUCUGGAGUAACCAUCAAGCAUGUGUCUUGCGGAGACCUUUUUACAGCUUGCUUAACAGACAGAGGCAUCAUUAUGACAUUUGGCAGUGGGAGCAAUGGCUGCUUGGGACAUGCCAAUUUUAACGAUGUCACUCAACCCAAGAUAGUUGAAGCUCUCCUGGGUUAUGAGAUAGUUCACGUGUCCUGUGGGGCUUCACAUGUUCUCGCUGUUUCUAAUGAGAAAGAAGUGUUUUCCUGGGGCCGUGGGGACAAUGGGAGGCUUGGUCUGGGUAAUCAGGAAUCCCACAAUGCACCCCAGCAGGUAGUCAUCCCACAGGAGUUUGAACCUCAGAGAGUCGUGUGUGGCAUUGACAGUUCUAUGAUUCUCACAGUGGGACAUCAGCUCCUGGCCUGUGGCAGUAACAGGUUUAACAAGCUGGGCCUAGAUCAUAACCUGUCUACUAGUGAGCACCCUCCUGAGGACCAAGUGGAAGAGGCCUACACCUUCACUGCAGUGCAGUCAGCACCUCUGAAUCAGGAGGCCAUCUUGUGUGCUGAUGUGGGCACCUCCCAUUCUGCUGUAGUUAUGGCCCAGGGUCAGUGUUACACCUUUGGCAGCAAUCAGCAUGGACAGUUGGGGACCAGCGCUCACCGACACAGUAGAAUCCCCUUUCUUGUGAGCGCACCAAAGCUGACAAUGGUGGCUUGUGGUGAUGCCUUCACAGUAGCUGUUUGUGCAGAUGGACAAGUCUUCACCUGGGGAAAAGGAGCCAGAGGACGAUUAGGGCGCAGAGAUGAGGGAAUCGGGACACCUAAAAUGGUCCAGCUGGAGGAGAGUCACCCCUAUACUGUGACUUCAGUGGCAUGUUGCCAUGGCAACACUCUAUUAGCUGUGAAACCAGGCGCUGAAGAUGUUUCUGUGUGAGAAGGAAGAGACGUCAUGACAGAUCAGUGGACUUGUUCCUGAGCCAAAGUUAUCAAAUAAAUCUCCCCUGCAAAGCCUUCCCUGACAAAGUACUGUCAGCAGGAGCCUGGAUACACACACUUACUGUUUUACUGUCUGUCAAAUAUCUCUACAAUUUGUGUACUUAUCACUUGUUACAUGGAGAAUGCAUUUGCAGAUCUAUGGGGGUAAUUCCAAGUUGAUCACAGCAGGAAAUUUUUUAGCAGUUGGGCAAAACCAUGUGCACUGCAGGGGAGGCAGAUAUAACGUGCAGAGAGAGAUAGAUUUGGGUGUGGUGAGUUCAAUCUGCAAUCUAAAUUGCAGUGUAAAAAUAAAGCAGCCAGUAUUUACCCUGCACAGAAACAAAAUAACCCACCCAAAUCUAACUCUCCCUGCAAAUGUUAUAUCUGCCCCCUCUGCAGUGCACAUGGUUUUGCCCAAUUGCUAACAAAGUUCCUGCUGCGAUCAACUUGGAAUUACCCCGUAUAGCUGCAAAAUGAACAUGAAAAAAGGCCAUUGGAAGCUUUGGAUCAUUGGUAGAAGCUUGCCAAUGGCUGUAUUUUAUCCACAGAAAUUUGGUUUGCAUGCAAUGGAAUCCAGCCACGAGUAUAUGUUUAAAUAUUUGUUAUGUAAAUUACGUUUUUCUAAACAAAUGUAGAACCUUUUGAUAUAGUGGGUAUAUUUAUAUAUUUACAUUAUUUUUGGCAGAGUUAUUACAAGAGAAUUACUCCUUUUAGGCAGCCUUUUACAAUUGCUAAGGAAUCUCAUACAUUUUAAAGGGCAUUUAAACAGCAAAGAUGUGUUACUAGAUUAUGUGAAAAUAAUUGACAUUUUUUUUAUGAAUCUAAAGUCUAGUUUUAGAUUUUUAAAUGGGCAAUUUAAAUUCCAUAUCUGCCUAUUUAUAAUAUUCUUUGUUUCUAGGUUUUGUACAAAUUGUAUAGAUAGAACAGACAGCAACAUAUUUUCUGCAUAAUCUAUGAAGCCUACAAAAACCUUUUCCAGUAUUAAUUUACCGAUCACAUUUAGAAGUGACUAGUAAAUAUUUUAGCAGGAUGUAAUAAUACUCUUUUAAAAUAAUAAGAGAGAAUGGAGGCAGAGGUAGUUUCAGAAUUUUCAUGUGUCUGCUUUUUAUUUUGCAUUUAUUUAUUCAUCUGAAACAUGAGUAUCUCUAGUGCCUGCAUGAUGUCACUAGUUCUUACUGAGCUGAUUACUGAUGCAGCCCAAAAUACAUGGUCGCGUCACAUUAUAAUGACCACCAGCUAAUAACCAGAGUAACCGGGCUGGGAGUGACUCAAUGUGCUGGUAGCUUUGCACAGGUAUCUAGAGCCAUGCUGACUGCAGUUCAUCCCACAGCUGCUGGAGGCUGCAUGGCGAAGGAUCCAUAGAGGGAACACAACAAUGAAGGUGGUGUCACAGAUGCUUAGUUGGGUCCAAGUCUGGGGAAUUAGGGGGCCAUUUAAGUACUUGGAAGUCUUUGUUUUGCUUGUCCAACCACUGUCGGAUAUUUCUAGACGUGUGACAUGUUGCGUUGUUUUCCUGGAAGAUCCCAUCCACCCCAGAUAAGACAAUCUGCAUGUAUGGGUGUAAAUGAUCUGCAAGGAUGGAUUCAUAACCAAAUUGAUGGAAAGUGCCUUCCACAUGGAUGAGUGGGCCCAGAGAAUGCCACGAAAACAUUCCCCAUGCCAUGACGCUGCCACCACCAGCUUGUGUUCUCCCAGCAAUGGUUGCAGGGUGUUUGUUCUCUGAUGUUUCUCAUCUGACAUGCCAACGUCCAUCCGUUCGAUGAAGUAGAAAAUGUGACUCAUCGGAGAAGGCAACCCUUCGCCAAUUACCGGAGGUCCAAUUCCAAUAAAACCAUGCAAAUUGAAGCCUUUUCCGCCGAUGCACCUUCGUUAGCAUAGGUGCAGUGAUCAUCCAUUUGCUUUGGAGCCCCAUAGGCGGCAGGGUUUGCUGAACUGACGUUUUAGACACAUGUCUGGUAUCCCCCAGGAUCAUUUUGAUGGUGAGCUGCUCCACUCUAGUGUGUUGGUCGGCCCUCACGCACCUUCAUAGCUGACGUUCACCUCUCACAUCAGUGGCAGUGGUGCUUUGCAGGUUCCACGUCGGUAAUUCGCAGUGGUGCCAUUUGUCCGGUCACGAUACAUCUUCACCAUAGCAACACGUGAACAGUUCACAAACUGCGAUGUUUCAGAAAUACUGCCACCCUUGGCCCGAAAGCUGAUAAUUAUCCCUUUUUUGGAAUGCUGAUAAAUCCCCCCAUUUAUCCAUGACAGUAGCAAGUGAUAUGUGUGCAGACGGCAUAUUGCACACCUUAUAUACCCACCAAGCCAGCGCACAACAUGUGACGUACUUCAUGGGCUACGCGCUGCCGACGUCAAAUGUACAAGGUGGUCAUAAUAAUGUGACUAGAUCAUGAAUAAGCUACAUCCACAUUGUGUAGACGACAAGACCCCAUUAAUAUACUGCAAAGAAACUAUUCAUUGUUUUUCCAAUUGUUUGAUAUGCACCAAAGUGUUUUUAUUUGCUUUUUGUUUCUCUUGAGUCUGGUAUGUUUUUAAUUAUAAAACAAAACACUCUUGUUAAUGAGCACUAAUUUUACCUUGCUACGAGUACACUUUAAACAUAUAUAAAGAAAUAAUAUAUAAAUUAUUAUGCAACAUGUAUUGAGUACUGCACACCAGCACAUCGAGUCAUGUAAAAUGGUAAAUAUAGAGGAAAUGAUUCCGUAAUUAUAAAAUAUACUUUCUUGUUUAAAUGACUAAGUGAAAGAUUGGAACCUGAGGAGCCCAGCUAUAUAUACCAGUCAGAUAAUUUAGCAAUUUUAUUAUGUAUUGUUCUAUGGGCCUGGUUCAGACCUGAACGCUGCUGUGCGUUUUCGCACAGUGGGCGAUUAUCGAUAGACUGCUCAUGCGUAUGCACCGCAAUGCGCACAUGCGUCGCCAAACAACAGGCACCGCCGAACAGCGACAAGCUGGUGCAAAAAUUUCAAUCACACAGCCAUUUGCAUGCUGAUUGACAGGAAGAGGCCGUUUGUGGGUGGUAACUAACUGUUUUCAGGGAGUGUCAGGGAAAACGCAGGCGUGUCCAAGCGUUUUCAUGGAGGGUGUGUGACGUCAGCUUCGGACCCGAUCAGCCUGUUCUCAUCACACUGUAGGAGUAAGUCCUGGGCUGUGCACAGACUGCACACACUAGUAAAAACAUUAGAGAGUGAGUGACUUGCGAACGUAUUUGCAGCUGUCCGCUGACUGAGGGAUAUUUGUAGCAUGGCGUACACAUGCGAUCGCACACUUGCAUAGGGCGAAUAUACACUCCCCUUGGGCGGCGACUAUCUGAAUGUAGGACAGCAAAAUUAUCAGCCCAGCGAUCAGGUCUGACUUAGGCCCUAUAUUUGUCACUAAAGCUCCUCAUAUAUUAGUACUAUUUUGCACAUUUUUGUACUUUAUAUCUAUCAGAUGGAUCUUUGCUUGUGACUGGAUCCUGAAAUGGAGCUCCACAAUUAAGAGACUCAUACUUAAAAAGCAUUGUAUUAAAUGAUUGUAUUUCA